AUGUCGGCGUCAAAGCCCAACUGGUGGAAAGCCAGCACCUGUUACCAAAUCUGGCCGGCUUCAUACAAGGACAGCAAUGGUGAUGGAAUCGGUGAUAUCCCCGGGAUCAUCAGUACAUUGCCAUACCUGCAAGAUCUCGGGGUGGAGACAAUAUGGCUCUCGCCCAUGUACGACUCACCCCAAAAGGACAUGGGUUACGACAUCUCCAACUACGAGGACGUUUAUCCCGCCUACGGGACACUGGCCGACAUGGACCGGUUGAUCAAGGAGUGCCACGACCGCGGGAUGAAGUUGAUCCUCGACCUGGUCAUCAACCACACCAGCGACCAGCAUGCCUGGUUCCAGGAGUCGCGCAAGAGCAGGACCAACAGGUACGCCGAUUGGUAUGUCUGGCGGGAUCCGAAAAUCGUCAACGGCAAGAGACAGCCCCCGAGCAACUGGCGGUCCAUCUUCGGCGGCAGCGCAUGGGAGUACUGUGAAGAGCGGGACCAGUAUUACCUGCACCUGUUUGUCAAGGAGCAACCGGAUCUGAACUGGGAGAACGAGGAGACGCGCAAGGCCAUCUACAAAUCCGCCAUCGAGUUCUGGCUCGACAGGGGCAUCGACGGGUUCCGCGUGGACGCCUGCAACCUGUACUCCAAGGACACGUCGUUCCCGGACGCAGUGACGAAGCUGCACGGGGAAGAAUUCCAGCCGGCCGAAGAAUUUUACAUCAACGGCCCACGCAUGCACGAAUGGUUCAGGGAACAACGCCAACAGGUCCUCGACAAGUACGGCGACAUCUUGAUCGUCGGCGAACUCCCCGGCACCGAGGCGGCAGAGGUGUUGAAAUACGUGUCGGCUGAGGCGCGUGAGCUGAGCUGUGUCUUUGAUUUCGACGUGGUCAACCUGGGCACGCCAAAUGGAGGAGGUGGCAAGAAGCACCACACUGUCCGGCACACGUUGCCCCAGUUCAAAGAGGCCAUCCGCAAGAUGCAGCGGCUGACCGAGGGCACCGACGCUUGGACGACGGUUUUCCUAGAAAACCACGACCAGGGUCGCAGCCUGACGCGGUUCGCCACGGACAAGCCACAGUGGCGGGAGAAGGCGGCCAAGAUGCUGGCGGUGCUGAUGUGCACGCUGACGGGUACGCUGUUCAUCUACCAGGGCCAGGAGAUCGGCAUGUACAACCACCCGGAGCACUGGGGCGUCGAGGAGCUGCGGGACAUUGACUCGCUCAACGCUUACAACGACGUCAAGACCCGGCACCACGACGACCCGCUCUGGCUGAAGAAGGCCAUGAAGGGCCUGCAGCUGGUCGGCCGCGACAACGCCCGCCUGCCCGUACAGUGGGACGCGACGGCCAACGCGGGCUUCACCACAGCCAAGAAACCCUGGAUCCGCGUGCACGACGACUACGAGGCCGUCAACGUCGCCGCGCAGCGCCGCGACCCCAGCUCGGUCCUCUCCUUCUGGAAGGCCAUGAUCAAGCUGCGCCGCCGCCACGCCGACCUCACCAUCUUCGGUCGCGACUUUCACGUCUGGGACCCCUACGACCAGGACGUCUUCACCUUCACCAAGACUCACCCGGACGGCGACCGCAAGCUGCUCGUCUUCCUGAACUUUUCCGACGAUACCCAGCCUUUGCACUAUCCGCCCGGUUUGGGUCUGGAUGGCGCCGCCGUCACCAAGGAGCUGUUGGUCAGCAAUCUCGCACAGGGCGAUGAGGUCGGCAAGUACCUGACUCCCUGGGAGGCGAGGGUGUAUCUGGUCCGGGAGGGGGUGGUUAAUGGCCAUUAG